UUUUGCAGCUUCCCACUUGCUGUUUCCGUUUGUUAGGUUCACUGACACCUCUCAUACAUUGGCGUUCAGAACUGCCGGACGCAUCGCUACUCCCGGUCUCUCCCGGCGGCGCUCCUGUCCCCGAUCCUGACCCCUCUCCCGGCCGCUGCGCCUUUAAGGCGGGAGCGUCCCGCGUCACGCGCGAGGGGAGUGUAAACAGGAAGCGGCGGCCCGAGAGCGGGGGUCGGCAAUGGCCGCCGCCACGGGCCGCGACCCGCCGGGGCCGGCCGAGGACGAGGCACCGGGAGCGGCUGCGGCCGCAGGAAGAGAAGGAGGAGGAGGAGGAGAAGAGGGCGAGGGGCGAGCGCGGGGCGGCGCGGAGGCCGGCGGCUGCUACCUGGCGCUGUGCGCGCGGCCCGUGCACUUCGAGAAGGCGAACCCCGUGAACUGCGUGUUCUUCGACGAGGCCAACAAGCAGGUUUUUGCUGUUCGAUCUGGGGGAGCUACAGGAGUUGUUGUUAAAGGUUUGGAGGAUAGAAAUCCUAUUUCUUUCAGGAUGGAGGACAAAGGAGAAGUGAAGUGCAUCAAAUUUUCCUUGGGGAACAAGAUCCUGGCUGUGCAGAGAACUUUGAAAAGUGUGGAUUUUUUGAAUUUUAUUCCAGAUAGUCCUCAGCUAGAAUACACACAGGAAUGUAAGACAAAGAAUGCCAAUAUUCUAGGAUUCUGCUGGACGAGUUCUACAGAAAUUGUCUUCAUCACAGAUCAAGGAAUUGAAUUCUACCAGGUAUUGCCAGAGAAACGAAGUUUAAAGCUUCUGAAGAAUCAGAGUAUUAAUGUCAAUUGGUACAUGUAUUGUCCAGAGAGCUCUGUUAUCCUCCUUUCAACCACUGUCCUUGGCAAUGUCCUGCAGCCAUUCUAUUUCAAGAGCGGGACCAUGUCAAAACUAUCAAAAUUUGAAAUUGAGUUGCCUGCAGCGCCCAAGUCAUCCAAGCUCAGCCUUUCUGAAAGAGAUAUUGCUAUGGCUACAAUAUAUGGGCAGCUUUACAUUCUGUAUUUGAGGCAUCACUCAAGGACUUCCAACAGUACAGGAGCAGAAGUAGUGCUCUAUCACUUACCCAGAGAGGGUUCCUGUAAGAAGACACAUAUUUUAAAGCUGAACAGAACUGGGAAGUUUGCACUGAAUGUAGUGGAUAACUUGGUGGUAGUACAUCAUCAGGAUACUGAGACUUCAGUUAUAUUUGACAUCAAGCUAAAAGGAGACUUUGAUGGGUCCACAACCAUCCAUCAGUUUGUACUUCCACCUCGAUCAAUACAACCCUAUCAAAUACCUGUAGCAGGCCCAGCUUCUGUGACCAGUCAGGCUCCUGUUCCAUGUAAACUCUGGAAGAAGGUACACCAUGUUCUUUUUAUCUUUUCAGUGCUCAGUGAGCCAGAGAGAGGAUCACUGUCUGUGAUUGCAACUGUUUUUGACAAACUGAAUCAUGAAUAUAAGAAGUACUUGGAAGCUGAGCAAAGCUAUACGAUGGUGGUAGAAACAGGCCUGAGUAGAAGUAAUCCACUCCUGAAACGUCCUGUCCGCACUCAAGCAGUUAUUGACCAGUCUGAUAUGUACACACAUGUUUUAUCUGUUUUUACAGAGAAGAAGGAAGCACCUCACAAGUUCACUAUAGCCGUCUUGAUGGAAUACAUUCGCUCUCUCAACCAGUUCCAGAUUGCAGUUCAGCACUACUUGUAUGAGCUGGUCAUCAAAACCCUUGUUCAGCACAACUUGUUCUACAUGCUCCAUCAGUUUCUGCAGUACCAUGUGCUCAGUGACUCAAAGCCCUUGGCUUGUCUCUUACUGUCCCUGGAAAGCAUUUACCCUCCUGCACAUCAGCUCUCUCUGGACAUGUUGAAAAGACUUUCCACAGCAAAUGAUGAAAUAGUGGAAGUUCUGUUGUCCAAACACCAAGUUUUGGCUGCCUUGAGAUUCAUCAGGGGUAUUGGAGGACACGACAGCAUUUCAGCCCGCAAAUUCCUCGAUGCAGCGAAACAAGCAGAGGAUGAGAUGCUUUUCUACACCAUAUUCCGAUUCUUUGAACAAAGAAACCAGCGGUUACGAGGAAACCCCAGCUUCACACCAGGUGAGCACUGUGAAGAACAUGUCACCUUCUUCAAACAAGUUUUUGGAGAACAAGCUCUCAUGAAACCCACAACAUUCUGAAAGACUCUUCAACUGAAAUGUAUAAACUUAAUUUAUUGCAUUUAAGUAGAUUUUUGAACUACAAAAUUGCUAUUUUAUAAUAAAGUAUAUACAAGACA